UAUUCGUUCUUCUUUUCAUUUUUGAUCUUCGCCUGAGAGAUUCGAACUCUCGCGGGGAAACCCCAUGUACUUAGCAGGCACCUUAACCACUCGGCCAAAGCGACUUGAUGUUCAUAUUUCUCAUUAAAUAAUAUUAAUACAACUAAUACAAUUGAGGAGUUAUCUGAUGUUCUCUCUCACUGCGGUUGCUGGGUUACAGAAGCUACCAAAUGAAAGGAAACAAAAAAAAGCGACACAGAAACAAACCAUUGAUGCAAAGAGGUUAAGUGCGUGCGGGUCCCACUUUAUCUCUCCCUCUUAACCCCCACUUUCCGUUCCUCACACUCACCACCACUUAAUUCGCUGACGCCUAACAAACACACACAACAAAGAAAACAAAUCUCCAAUUCACUUCAAAUCCAAAUCACGCCACCGCAAACCACCAUGACAACGACGGCGAUACCAACGGCUGAUUCAGAACUAAAAACAUAUUGGUGCCACGAAUGCGACAUGAGUGUAUCUCUAACUUCUUCACCCACUCCCAAUCCUCUAUUAUGUCCUCAGUGUCACACCCAUUUCCUUGAACUCAUGGACUCACCUUUUUCUCAAAACGAUGCCGAAUCGCUUCUUCCUUCUUCACUAUUCGAUGUUGUUUUUCAAGACGCACUUUCCUUACUCUCACCCUCUCCGCGUAAAACACGCGCCGCAAUAAUCGUCCCUAUAAUAACCGUCACACCAACGAUCCUCUCUUUACUUGACCCAAACGGCGUUGUUUUCUGCGCCGUUUGUAGAGAACAAAUUUUUGUUGACUCAGAAGCUAAACAGCUUCCUUGCGAUCAUCUUUAUCACUCCGAUUGCAUCACUCCGUGGCUUCAUCUUCGAUCCUCUUGUCCUCUUUGUCGUUUCCAUAUGUCGGAGCGAGAAGAAGACGAUAAUGACGACAACGGAGAGGAAGAAGAUCUUAAUGCUUCUGAUAUGAUGAGGCAGAUGGUGGUGCGGCUGUCGGAGUUGUCGGAGGAUGAUUUUUAUGGUUUGAGAAUCACUCUCAACCACAUUGCUUCCCGUCAUGCUCUACUUCACUCCAAUGCUUCCGGUGCCGGCGACAGUCCUGCUCCCGGUGGUGAAAUUGGCGCUGAAGGUGUAGAUGGAGAGUCAUGAUGCUGAAAUUCUUUGCGGUAUAUAGUGUACUAAAAUAAUAAUAUUGAAGUUGUAUCACCAUAGAUCGUCUUAUCAAGUGUAAAUCUGCACCAGACGAUUAUGCUUCUUCUGUUUUUCCCUUCUUUUUUGGGGAACUCCAACUAGCUAGUUGUAGUGCUAUAGCAAGAAAUACAAUAAACUGAUGGAAUGCACAAGUAACGUGCAUUUCUCUUCCUCUUCUCGACUCCCUGUAUGUUGGUUCUUGAAACCACAUUCUCUUAAACCAAAUGCCCCUCGCUCGGGUCAUAAUAAAAUCAUUGUAGAAUUCAGGUUUCAUUUGUGUUAUGUCUGUAUUGCUAAAGUGGAUUCCUUUCACUGAAACAUUUUGUUCAUGGUUUUUUUGCUUUACAUUAGAUGAUAUUAUUUCCUGGCAACAUGGUUGUAGUUAGGGAAUGCGAUUGUUGAGGGAUUCUAUCAUCUAAGUGUUGCUGUAUUAACAUGGAAGAGCCUUAAAAUAUUUUGCCAGUGUCUAAGUUGUGUUCUGA